UUUCCGGCAGGAUCUUUUGUGAAGUGAUAUUUGCUUGGUUAAUUUGUGCUCUUCUUUAUCAACUUCUUACUGGUUGAACUUCAGCGAUAAGAGUUUUCAGCAUCUGAACUGAUUGAAUAUUUUUCUUAAGUCAAUUUACUACAUCAAGUUGUAAUCUAUAGAAAAUCUUACUGCUUUCUUAUUACUUACUCAUGGAUGUUCAGAUUUUGAAGCUUUGAGAAAUUUGCGCGAAAUCAUUUUUGUUAUCUCAGCGGUUGUGUAUAUAGGAUGCUUAAAAAAGUAGGAGCAGGAGAAUGAUUUUCUUCAAUUGCUUCUAAUGCUUUAUUUUCCACAUUUCUUGAUAUGUCUGGUUGGUGAAUGGAGAUAAAGGAGGAUUUGGGAUUUGAAUAUGAAAUCUGAUCAGUGUGUUGCAUGUGGCUUGAGUGCUGGUUAAACAACUCAAAAGGAAUGUCAGAUUUGCAGUUAUACGGGCUUGACGAUAUAUCUUGGGAUGAGUUCUGCCACAAUGAUGAUCAUAUAGUGCCACAUCCAAGUAGCGGACGCACCAAUGAACCACUCUCCCAGAAUGAUAGCCGUAAGAAGCCUCGCCAUGAAGUAAUUGGUUUAACAGGUAAUGCAGGUGAUCAAUCUACUGGUAAAUAUGCUAAUCAGCAAAAGGAGCAAGUGUUGAGUAAUAGAAGCCCCAAAAUGCUGGAAAAGGACUCGUGGGCCGAUGCACCUGAUGGUGCAUUCUCUUCUCCACGUGAAAAAGCCGUAGUCGGAGAAGUUUCAAGUUUACCAGCUGAAAAUACCAGGACAUCCAAUCGUUCCAUCAAAAGUAAUAUAGACUCCAUUGAGAACGAGUCCUGUCCUAAUGGUCGCACUCUUGAUGACAAGAAUGCUGCUGUGGGGGAAAACUCUUAUAGCUAUCCACUUGGUCCCAUAUCUCAGGCUGAUGAUGAUCUCAGUUUUCUUGACAAUAGUUGUGAUGAUAAAGACUCUAAUGAUCUCUUAUAUUAUAGCUGGCCUGAGAUAGAGAACUUUGAGGAUGUUGACAGGAUGUUCAGGAGUUGUGAUUCGACAUUUGGAUUUGGACCUGGUAGUGAAGAUGACCUAGGUUGGCUUUCAUCAUCAAAUGUUAUUGAAGGAUCUGGAGAUGGAUUGACGUCUGGUUUUAAGUUUCCAUGUCCAGCAUCCAAUGCACUUGGAAGUACAUCCGCCAGUCAUGAACCUUCAAAGCCAAAGGAAACAAACAUUUCAACUGAUAAUUCUGGCAUUGAGAAUCAAUCACUUGGCUAUAAUAGCAGUUCGUGGUCCUCCGAGAAAAAUGAAUCUGUAAAUCUGAGUCAUUUGUCUUUUUUAAAUGGAUCAAGUAAUUUACAGUGCAAGUUAGCACCUGAUAAGAAGCAGGCUGAGGUACAUGGCGGUGGAGUCCAGGUCGAGAUUGUAUCUAAUAGCCAACCAAGAAUCAACAAUAAUGUAGUGGAUAGCAUGCAAAAGAAACACUCCAAGCACCAGAAUCUCUCCGAGGGUAAAAGAAAAUGCGGUUAUCUAGAAAAUGGAGACGCACUCAAUAACACUGAUAGCCAUCCAGAGGAGCAGAAGCUGCCUUCUGGGACCGCAAGCACUCAAGUGAAUUUCGCAUCUGCAGGUGUCCUGCAGCAAAAGCAAGCUCAAGAUCCUGAUUUUGGCUACUUGGGUGGUAGCUUCUCUUACAUGCAUUCAGAUUACGGUCAUUCCAAUGGGAGUGCUCUCCAUCCAACUCUACCAAUUUUAAAAUACGAAAGUAACGGUCUCGUGUCUCUUUCCCCCAAGGACUCUUAUGCAUCGAAUCAGGUACAGUCCAUGGAGGGUUCUCCUGAUCCUUCUUUUCAGGUGGCUGCUAUGACAAGAAAUGAGAAGGCAGAGAAAUUAUUCCAUCGGUCUGGAGUUAAGGUUGAAAAUAACCGUGAUUUUGAAGGGGUUGGCAUAAGAAUUCCCACAGAAUUAGGAUCCUCAGUUGUACAGGAGUGUUCUUCUACAAAUUCUGGGUUGGAUGAAAUUUCAGAAGAAGCAGCUAGUUUUCAUCAGCUUCAACGUGUCAUGGAACAGUUGGAUAUACAGACAAAGCUAUGUAUAAGGGAUAGCUUGUACCGGUUGGCUCGGAGUGCUGAACAAAGGCAUAGACAUGCUAAUCUCAAUAUUGUCUCUGGAGAUGAUGGAGGUACCAGCGGACCACUGGUUACUGAAGGAACAAACAAGUGCACAGGAUAUGUAGACAUCGAAACAGACACAAAUCCCAUAGAUCGAUCUAUUGCUCAUUUGCUAUUCCACAGGCCUUCAGAUUCAGCUGUUACCCCUGCCCGCGAUUCCUCAACUUUGAAGUCGCCUUCCAUGAUUCAUGGGUCAUUGUCUAGUGCACCAGUGAUGAGUGACAACUUGAUCUCUCAUAGAGAAAUUGCAUUUCAAACAGAUGGAGAAGUUGCUGAUCAUUGACCAUAACUAUUUAAGAAGUCAAUUUCAGUUUGUGGGGGGAUUUUUUCACAUGCAGAAAUUAUCAAGAUAUCAUACAAGGAACCUUUAUGAUUUGAAUGUUUUCUCAGGGACUGGUUUCUGGUCCAUGUGAGAACAUAUCCUUGUAUGAGCUUUCACAAUCAAGUUAUUUUUAUUUCACCCUAACCCUUCCUCACUCGGAAGGCAUACACAAACUACCUUUCCUGUGUAUACGUAGAUCAAACCAACCGACUCUUUUUUGUUGUUUGUAAGUAGAUAAAACCUGGAAAUUUUCCAGAAGAUAUUUGCAAGUCUUGAAGUAGCUA